AUGGAGAUCACGGAGGGUUCUGCCAGCGAAAGUGAGUCGUCGGACACUACCGCCGAGAAGCGGCGACGUUCCACCCGGAAGUUUCUGUACCUGGGUGUGGGUGUGGCCCUGCUGCUGGCCAUCAUACUGGUGCUGGUUCUUUUGCUCAAUUCGCCAGGCGCCUCCAAUGCGAAGUGCCGCGGGUUUCGGCAGUGCCCAGACUAUCCUUUGCCAUACGCCUUCGGGACCUGGCCAAAGACGUACAGCUAUGCCGGGAGCUUUCCAGAGGGCUUUGUGUGGGGUGUGGGCACUGCGGCCUAUCAAGUCGAAGGUGCAUACAAUGAGGAUGGCAGGGGUGCGUCGAUCUGGGACACUUUCACAGGGGCAAACACGCUGGGCAUGCCAGGGGCGAACUGCUCAUAUUGCUGCCAAUCUGCACCGUGCACGCCCAACAAGAACAUGGUAGGCAAAGGGGCGACAGGCAAUGUUGCUACGAACAGCUACCACAUGUUCCGGACAGACAUCGCCUUGAUGAAGUCCAUGGGUUUGAAGCAUUAUCGCUUUAGCAUUUCGUGGCCCCGAAUCUUCCCUACCGGCAGUGCCACAGGGGAGCCAAACCCUGAGGCUGUGAAAUGGUACGACACUUUCAUCGAUGAACUGCUAGCCGCAGGGAUGGAGCCCUACGUGACCCUUUAUCACUGGGACCUACCGCAAGCACUGCUGAGCCCGCCAGAACUCGGUGCAUGGUGGGCGCGAGACAAGGAUGGCAAGCCAGUGGGCCAGAUCCUCCCCAACUGGAAGCACUACGUGGACACCUGCUUCCGACUCUUUGGGGACCGGGUCAAAGUUUGGGUGACCUUCAAUGAGGCCUGGAGUUGUACCAAGCUGGCCAGUGGCAGUGGAAAAGCUCCAGGCAUUCCGCCCUUCAUGAAUCCAGCCGUGGAUCCAUACAUAGCUGGGCACAACAUUCUGAAUGCACAUGCGGCUGCAGUUGACAUCUAUCGGCGAAAGUAUCAGACAUCGCAGAAGGGGAGAAUAGGCAUCACGAACAACCAAGACUGGAGAGAGCCAAAGACAGAUAGCGUGGAAGACGUUGCAGCCGCCGAGCGGGCAGUUCUCUUCCAGCUGGGCUGGUUCUCGGAACCCAUCUUUGGGGCUGGUGAUUAUCCCCAAGAGAUGAAGGACAUCUUUGCAGCCCUUGGAACCGCCCUGCCCGAGUUCAGUGAAGCUGAGAAGGCACUUCUCAAAGGUAGCGCGGACUUCUUUGGGCUGAACCACUACGGUACUGGCUGGUUCGCUGCCACCAAAGAACCGGGCUGGGACAUGACCUACGGCACUUCAAGCGAGGAAGGCUUCGUGCAAGGCCAGUCGACGUGGCUCUAUGGGGCCGGCUGGGGUCUUCGCAAGCUACUGAACUGGGUGAAGAGACGCUACAACAACCCCGAGAUCUACGUCACAGAGAGCGGCUGGUCAGUGGCUGCACAGACGGCGGAAGAGGCUGCCAAUGACACACAGCGAGUCAUGUACUUUGCGAACUAUACAUCCGAGGUUCUAUCUGCCAUCCUUGAAGACGGCGUCGACGUUCGAGGCUACUUUGCCUGGUCCUUGCUGGAUAACUUCGAAUGGGAGAUGGGGUAUCCGAUUCGUUUUGGCACCACCUUCGUCGACUACGACCUGGGGCUGGAUCCCAACGCGCCUUUGCCGAACUCGCAAGUUCCGACUCCGGGCUUCCAGCUGCGGCGCCGCAAGGACUCCAGCUGCUUCUUGGAGCAGGUGUGGCGCAGCAACGUGAUGACGGCCCCGAGCGGGGCUUCCUGCGUGAAGCCUUUGGUCUUCCAGGGCCGCUACCGAGACACGACACAGCCCGGCUGCAAGCGCGUGCUCGACGUCUACAAGCCGCCCACUUCUGGCAGCAUCUCUGGGACUCGGCCAGGUCCAGGCAGGACGGCGUGCAACAAUGUCACCGACAUCCCAUAUGGCCCAGCCAUGGUGACAAUAAGUGGCAGCACUGUGGUUUGCACGGACUGCCGGACACAAUCGUCACAGGGCUUUUGGUCUGCUGGCAGUCUCGGAAUCGAAUGGGACGAUGGUGCCCUCUGGGUCAAGGAUCUCUGA